AGACGGGUUUGCAGAAUUUGCUCUUGUGCAGCCAGGCCUUAAAUAUUUUACGGUUACGUAGUGAAGCCCCGCGCGAAAACGGGAAAACCUCUCCAGCGACAGCUCACUUUUCUUCUUUAUGACACCGAGAUCGACGAACUUGUCUUGAGAAGCAGAGUGGCAUGCAGGUGCACUCUUGCUUGUAGUCUCCAAAACUGUUUGAGAAACUUUCGAGCAGGCAACAGAGGACUGGGUGUUGACGGCUUUGCUUGUCCAUGUUUGCAAACAAGAGAGUUUAUCGAACCGAAGACUUCGAACCGAAGACCUUCCUCCUCCCAUAACACGGAACAGCAGCACAAUGGUAAGAGUCAAAUGUCAGUCUAGAACAAGAGGGAUCCUGGGAAUUGACGGGGUCCGCCUUCAUUGGCAGCAUCCCGCCGGUACGACCGGCACAGACUGCAAACCCAAGAGCUUCAAUCCCAAGAGCUUCAAUCAUUCCUCGUCUGACUUUGAUACAUCCUCUGAAGGCUCAGUUAGUGAUGAUGGAGACAUCUGUUUGCUUCGCGAUAGAUUCCCAACUUUGACUGAAAAUGAACUUUCUCGGUUCAAGACGAGCUUUGUGGGGGACAAUGGCAGUAUGGAUGUCGUCAUCCAAAAACUGGAGGAAUACAGUCAGUUCCGAGACAUGUACAAUCUUGAUGCACAGAAGGGUGCUGAUAUCAACUGCACAGAUGCCGAGGAUUGGGAAUGGGCUUCCAAAGUUGCCGUCCAAGCCGCAAAAACUUGCCAACAAGACCUGAUUCCUGGAUUGGAGGGGUUGGCAAAAUUCAAGGACAGAAUUUGCAAAGUUGAGACACUUCCUCAACUAUGUUUUGUACACAACAAUAAUGACGGAACUCCUGCACUUUCCAAGCAAGGAAAGCCGCUCAUUCACUACUUGCCUGCUCGCUUGGACUUGAAGAAGGCAUCGGGAGAGAUUUAUGCUCUGGCAAUCGUCCUGUAUGUGGAACGAAAGGCAGAGAGGCUUGACUUUGUUGGCAAAGGAGCUGUGCUCAUGGCAGACGGGCGCAGGGGUGCCGGUUGGCCAAAUCAUAAUGCUCUAAUGGUGGUCUCCUUCUUGAGAAUUCUUCUCACGGCUCUCAAUAAUUUGCAUCCUGGUCGAAUUGGGUCAUUCGUCAUCUACCCUGUACCAUAUGCAUGCCUCUACGUUUUCAAAAUGAUGAAAGGGUGGUUGCCCAAAGCCUAUGCUGACAAUGUCUCUCUGCUGAACGGCGGUGAUGGAAUCAAAGAUCCUGCUCCAAGGAAGAAGCUUGCUCUGUAUGUGGAGGAAGACAUCAUGGACAAGAUGGAGGAGACCCGACUGGCAAACUUUGACAAAUAGGCUGCUGGUUCUGAAAGUGACACAGUGCAGCGUUGGCAAUGCUCAUUUCGUUUGGAGUAAAUACUGUUUUGUACGUUAAAAUUAAAAUAGAGCAGAAUGGCGCAGGUACAAAAUGUUAAUUUUAUAUAAAAAGAUACUACAGUAACUGGUUGUUGAAGCGAUGCAAACAAACGCUGCAA